CGGGACAUGACCCCGGGUUGGGAAAGCCCCCAAGGAAGUCCCGCGUGAACCCGGGGGAAAAGAGCCUCCUUUCGGGUCAGGGUAGCGGCGUGACAAGGCAAACGCGUGCGUGGAAGUGCGUGGAGGAAGGAAGGUGCGUGGUGAGGAAGGGAAGAUGAGGAGGAGAAGGUGGUCUUCAACGGCGCUGACGUGGAAGUCAGUGUAUAUGUCAGCUAUGGCCGUGCAUAGCGGAGACGAUGGCAGUUAUGUUUUUCAAGCUCUUGUCAUGGAGAGAAGCGAGUGGCCAAUGGCGAUUGGAUUGCCAACUUCGCGGCGAGGAAUCCUUAAGUCGGUAACAUGUUUGGGGUGGUGGCUGGUUGUUGAAGGAGAGAUGGCGCACCCCUCCUCCUCCUCUCCCUCCUCCUCCUCCUCCCAACUCUCCUCCUCCUCCCAACUCUCCUCCUCCAUAGCUGCGAUCAUCCUCCUUGCCAUUCUGGCUGCUCUGACUCUGUGUGCAGCAGUUGCCAGAGCUUCCGGAGAUCCGGGCUCCAAGGAGUGCCAGUUCUGGGACUCUUCCCAGUCCCACCGCCCACGAGUACGAUCUGCAGGGCUGGCAGCACGAAAGGUAAUGUCAUUUGACCGCGGCGACGAGGAGAGGGAGAAGGAGGGGGAGAAGGAGGAGGAGAAGCAGGAGAACAACGACCGGACAAGGAGGGAGGUGUUCGACUCCCGGAUUGGCAUUUUUUCGACGGGUGAUGAUGAUAAGGACUCAGAGGGCAGGAGGGAGACACAGCAAGAAACAACCAAUCAGUUCCCCGGGCUUGACUUCGACAAAUCGCUGCUCAGUCUACGUGGCAAUGUAUUGUCCAGUUUUCCAUGUCCGAACUGUUAUAUUCGUUCUCUUCUCCUCUCACAAGAUGAACAAACCAUCUACUUCGCUAGCGACAACAUCCAGACGACCAGCCUGAUCGGUAAAGCCAUCAGGUUGCCUAAUCCGUCAUCUUCCCCGCCAUCGGCACCAUUAUCGCAAGCACCACCCGCAUCGUACAGUGUUUCGAAUAUCACUGUCAUUGAAUCCAUACGCGUUACAGGCCUGGAGAUGCUCGUCGACAAUCUUUGGAUCCUCGUUGGCUAUCGUGGGCAACCGGGGAUUUCCGAAGUAAAUGUGAAUACUGGGAAAAGGCAGGAGUUCAUUUCUGGUCCCACGGCUCCGUUCGGCAUGGUCCGACAUCCAAAAAAUGCUUUUCUAUUUAUAGGUGCAUCUCUAAGGGUACUGAUGGUGCCGCUUAGUGACGAACAGGCUCCCCCCGAAUCCAGGUCCACCAUAGCUGGGGGUAAUUUGCCAGGGAAUAGGGACGGUGAGGUUUCAGCAUUCGGAAAUGAAAGUCCUCGGAUCAACCCCAGAUCGAUCUCAUCGGACGGCUCUGUGCUAUACAUUGCGGACCGGAGUAAUUUGCGCAUUAGGCGAGUGAGCACCACCACAAAUGUGACGCAAACUCUCAGUUUCGUGAACAUGACGGAGGUGAACAUGUCCUUUGGCCCGUUAGCCGUCGUUAUAACUUCGGAUCAUUGCAACCUUUUCGUAACAGGAUGGACAAACUACAGCAAUGCCACGGGAUUGCCGUCAGUGGUGCGAUGGCUGACACUCGACUCGCCACAUGGCAAUGUCUCCUGGAUGAAAGACAUCAUCUUCUUCAACGAGGCCACUCCACCUCCUCCAGGUCCGGACGUUGAAUGGACCGGGGUUAACGAGCCAUCCCGUCUGUUGCUUGGUCACAAGGAUACAGACUUGUACGUCGGAACGAGUAAUGGGCAGAUAUUUCAAUUUGCGAUUAACCGCAGUGCUCUGCACAAAUGCGGCCCAGAUGAUCCUGCCAACCCUCCCGGCUUCGGUCCCCUUCCACCCUACGUUCGGCCUGCCUUCAAUGAAAAUCAUUCCACCCUCAAGUUGACUGUUGGUUUGUCCGUAACAGCCGCCCUCAUUCUCCUAGGGGUCGCUAUGACUCUCCUCCUGUGGUGGCGUAGAAUGCUCUGUUUUCACUCGAAGAGGGGCUUGUCGGUAAUUUGCACAAAUGGUUCCUCUUCAGCUCAUCAGCCUAAGAAUCAGCAACAGUUGCUCGAUGAUAAGGCCUAUUUGUCAUCUCCGACUUGGGAUGAUUCCAAAAUCAUCUGCUCGGGGAUGACGACUGUCACAUCUUCCUCCCUCCGCUAUGGCGAUCAAUUAGCGCUAUCGUCUAUCUCGCGUGAGCUUGGCCAUCUGGAUGCCCCUCAACGUAUCCCCUUUGCGGAUCUGCGGGAGGCAACAGAUGGCUUUAGCGAUACACACAAGGUGGUGGGAGCAAGGGGCGGGUUCGGUGACCUGUACCGGGCAACCUUGAGGGUAGGAGGUGAAAAGGGGGAGAUGGCUGACGUGGCGCUGAAGGUCAUGAGGGGUGCGCUGGACAAACUCAAACGCAAGCAGUUCAUCUCCGAAGUGACCACUCUCAGCCGAGCUCGCCAUGUCCAUCUCUGCAAGCUUCUCGGCUACUGUGCCGAGGGAAACAUGGUUGUCCUUGUCUACCCUUUUGUCUCGGGUGGCAGUUUACAUGAUCGUCUGCACCCUCGUUCUCGGCCCUCUGCCCAGCCCCUGCCGUCUUCUACUCCAGGAGCUCCUCCUGCUCCCUGUUCUAUUCCCCCUCGUGCUCCCUUGGAUUGGAGGUCGCGACUGUCAGUUGUGCUGCAGAUUGGGACUGCCUUGAGGUAUCUCCACGAGGAGUUGGAUCCCCCACUCUUGCAUCGGGACAUCAAGAGCAGCAAUGUCCUUGUCCAUGGCUCCGGAGAGCAGGUCAAGGCAUAUCUGACCGAUUUUGGCCUUGCGAAGCUCGGUAACCCGAGCUCAGGCUUGGAAAGAGGUCGGGAAACUGUGCAGACAGCUUACCGAGCCGGCACGGUUGGGUACAUGGCUCCUGAGUAUGCCAUUGAAUUGAAACUCACCGCCAAGAAUGACGUAUACGCGUUCGGUGUGAUUCUGCUGGAGAUGGUCAGUGGGAAGAGUGCUCUCUUCUGGAAUAGUAGUAGAGAUAAAUCCGAGGAUGACGACGAUGUAGGUACACACGAUGACGCUCCCAGUGACAGCGAUAGCGAUGGCGGUCAUCAACCCGUUCUCUUGGUCCAUUGGACCCGGAGGAGGUUUGAGAGGGUGUCAAACUGGGACUAUGAGCUGCUGAGCAAGAUGGUGGACCCGCAGCUUGUUCAGUCUUUUGAAGUCCCUGGAGGGAGCAACUGGGAGAGGGAGACGCUGUGUGCCGUUGCCAAGCUGGGUCAGCUCUGCACUGAUGCAGAUGCUAGUAACAGGCCCACGAUGGGUGUGGUUGUGGAGAGGAUCAAAGCAAUAGUGCAGGGGGAAAAAAGAUGAGGGAAAAGGAGGAGGGGAGGAGGCGUGAGUGUUGGAGGGGAUGGCUGCUGCUGAAUGAGUAGAGAAUAGGUAGGCAAGGGGAGGCUGCAGCAGAUCGACAUGCUACAUGUUUCUCUGAGCUUUGGCUAGUCGACAUCCUUCUCCCUAAUUCCCAUGUACUGUAUAUACUAGCAAAUUGGGGGAGGGAGGACAGGGCAGAACAGGAGUGGGGCGAGAAUGUAAAACCCCUGCUUCCUCUGCUCUCCGUGUCCUUAUCCAUCCUGAUGUCAUACUGUCCUUCUCCUGUCGUCCUUGCCCAUCUGCUCCUCCCGCUUUCCUCGCCCUUCGCUAUCCUCGUCCUUCUUCUUCUUCUUCUUCUUCUUCUUCUUCUUCUUCUUGUUGGUGUGGAAAGAAGGGCUCGCAUACUUUUCUUUUACUCUUCUUCUUCUUCUUUUACUUCUUCUUCUUGAUGCUUCGCCUUUUCCAUCUCUCUCCUCCAGUGGCCUAUGCCUCGAAGGAGCUGAGGGGGCUUGUAGUGCAGGGCAGGACAGGGCAGGCACAAAUGCUUGCUCCUGGCCUCCUUGUUUUCCUUCUUUUGUUCUCUCCUCAUUCUUUUUGGUCUUAUCCUGUUCUCCUCGGGUGCUUCUUAAUAAUGAUUAUUGCGAUGUAACUCCUGCUUGUGCUUUCUGCAGUGAAAAGGUCUUGUAGAUUAGGUCGAAUAUUGUUCCGAGGCU